UCUGCAGAGAGUCAGACACGGGGUGUGUUCCUCCAGGAGUUUGGGGUGGUGUUUGUUAUUUUAUUAGACUUGAUGUCAGAUCAGUACUCAGUAGUUUGGUUCAGUAUUUCCUGCGCUGCUGUGCGCUUUGAGGACGCGGAGGUGCUCUUAUCGGAAAAAGGAAAAUAAUUAUGACUAAUUGGACUGUGCGUGUUGUGUAAAUGGAUGUGAAAUGCAGGGAGGUUGAGAAUGAGUGUUUUAUAUCUCAUCUUAGAUAAAAAAAAAAAAAAAAAAACGCUGCUGAAAUGAUUUAUUCAGCGACUGCGCGCGCGUCAUUCAUUUAGCGCAAUUUUCGGAUUUUGAUGCGACAUUUAAAUCUUUCUCUUUUUUUUGGAGAAGUGAAUAUUUUUAAUUAUAAACAACACUCAGGAAAUUAAGGAGGUUUACUCGUUCACCAGCUCUGGACUCGAGCUGUCCUGUUCCAGGCUUCAGAGCGCCGAAAAUGAAACGCCAAGCAAGCAUGCGGAGAUAAGCUUCACAUCCUGAUGGAGAAACAUCUGAUCCGUCCUGGUAGGAGCGCACACACACUCAUCCAUCUGACCUGCGUGUCCUUUUGGAGGUUCUUAAGAUCCUGCUGGAGAUUCUCCAGGUCCAGGAGAGCUUUACUCCUCGCCUUCGCCUGCUUGCUCUACCUCUUCUGCUUGGAGUUGUGGAUCAGCCGUGGAGAUCAUGACCGAAAACUGACCGAGGGCAGAAGAUGGAUUUUGGAAAGGAUUCCGGGAUCUCCUUCUCCAACACGCUCCAAUGUAGUCUACAUCACCCUCAAGUCCAAAAGACACAAACCUGCCGUCCUGAGAGCGACGCUGCGCCCCAAAUCACGCAGGAAGAAGGUGAGGAACGUGGAGAACCAAAACCAAGACACAACCCACCAUCAUGGAGAAGAAACGCUGAGGCAUGCUGAAUCUAGAGACUCGUGGAGGCAGGUUCUCCAUUCAAUUUAUAAACCAGGACAGCUCAACGACGAUAAUGUUGGAAGCUCCAUCCGGAUCUACAGCCAGAAAUCUCCACCAUGGUUCAGCCAAGCUGAUAUAGAAACCAUGCGCUUCCUCUCCAAGUGCAAAAUCAGCCGUGUGGAAGUUCUCGAACCGGAGAACGCUCCUCCCGCGCUCCUGUUUAAGAGUGUGAGUGGGUUUAAUCAGAGCUCGGACCGUGCAGGAGAGUGUGAUGGAAGAUGUGGAGUCAUUAAGAGACCUGAGGACAUGAGCGAAGUGUUCGCUUUCCACCUGGACCGAGUUUUAGGGCUCAAUCGCAGUUUAGUGGCCAUCAGCAGGAGGUUCCACGCUCUGGAUGGUCAGCUGUGUCCGGUGACCCUGUACGACCCGUCUGUUGUUCCGGUACCCGAGUCGAGAUCAGGUGCUCUGAGGUGGAGCUCGUAUCAGACGUCGUUACAGUACAGGUGCUGGCAGCGCGGCGUCCCGAAACCCGAGUGGAGCUGCAGCAGCCUCCAUCAUCAUGAGUGGAGCAAAGUGACGCUGUUCGACUUCCUGCUGCAGAAUCACCAGCGGCUCGACAGGAACUGCUGUGGCUUCAGGCCACGCCCACAGGACAGCUGUGUCCAGCUCGGCUAUCACAGAGAGUGCAGUAAUGUGGACAACCUCAAGCUUUCACACAUCGUCCAUCGCAAGAACGACCCGAGACGUCUCGUCUACGUCAACAACAAAGCCUUCUUCGACCGGGACGAAGAAAACCUCGACUUUAAACUGCUCGAGGGAAUCAAAGAACUCCCUGACGUAGCAGUGAGUGUCUUGCGCUCUCAGCGUCUCCGUCAGAACCUCCUGCAGUCUCUGUUUGUGGACGAACAGUUUUGGGAGAAUCAGGGAGGACGCCGAGGCAUCGAGAAGCUCAUCGACGUCAUUGAGAGACGAGUGAGAGUCUUACUGCGCUACAUCAACGCUCACGGCAUCAACGUCGUCGCCAUGAACUCGUAAACAACCACAGGACACAUUUUCAAUGAUUAAUUUAUUAUUAUUUUUUAAUUAACGUUCAAUAAUCACAACACAGUUAUGCACUCAUGUUCCUGAUCAUUUCAUGUCAUCAAAACAUUGAUUACAUCAUCGUUAUCAUCGUUGUUCCACUGUAACAGUUUCAUGUCCGUUUCCAAAGGAACGUUUUUGACCAUAAAUAAACGUCCACUGUCUCUUUACCCUGAAGGUA